CCUGUACAAAUUGCUUAUGUAUGGUGUGUAUACAUUAACACCUCUAAAUGUUGUAUCUACACGUGUGUUCGACUAAUGUGUUCAAUGUUGAAGAUAAUUCAGGUAGAAAGACUCUACGUUGUGUUGCGUCUAAUGCAUUCAGUACGAUUAAUUCAUUUCUGUGACGUGAGAAUUCAAAGAAUGAUAUGAAACACUCGGUCACGUAGAUAUUUUUUAUAUUUCCGCGUAUGUGAGAUGUAGUAUCUUAUACGUGGCAGACCACUGCAAAGCCAUGAAGAUAAGUUUUUCCUUAUCUUCGCUACAACCGCUGGGCCAUGGCUUAGAAAAACAUGGCCAAGCUGGGGUAGCGAUAGAAAGGCCAUACAACAGUCUCACAAAAAAGAGGAAAGAUCCAAAGCAACUUCACAAUCAACGUUUAUGGACAAAUCGUGAAGAUAGCAAAGAUGAGUUUUGGGCAGCAAUACGUUCUAACUAUGACUAUAUUAUGGAUACUAAUUUGAUAGAUAGUUGUAGAGAAGCUAAUGGUGAAUUAACAUGGGACGAGACUGAUGUAUCUACGCAGUCAUGGAGUUUGAAAGAAGUUAGUAGUCAAUUUUCAGAGUUAUAUUCAUGGCUAAGGGUUCUUCAAGAAUUGGUUUAUUGCAAAGAAGAAAAUUUAUUAGAUAAAAGUCUGCGUGCGGCUCACAUGGAGGAGCUGCGACGUAGGGCAUAUAGAAGAAAAUUAUUUAAUGAUCAGGCUGGAAAACUAGUGUCACGUGCCCCUGCUUUGAAAGAUGAAGUGGCGUGGCGUGUUGACCACUUAAAUGCAAAAUGGGAAUUAGUUGAACAAAUUAUGGCACCUGUUGAGCGGCCUGUAUCUAAUCAACAGGAUAUAUCGGCAGAUUUCGAGCAUGAAGUAAAGUGUUUAAGGAAAUGGCUCCGUGAAAUGGAAUCCCGCCUUCAGCCUUUGAGCUUUCAUGUAGAUUGGACGUUAGCAGAGCUCGAGGAAAAAGCAGUGGAGCAUAUGGUACUCCAACGAGACAUAGAAGCGCAUGGUCGAAUCGUCAGUUCGGUCGUUAAAUUAGGAGAUAAAGUUGUCAGUCAGCAGCAAGCACAGCAAAAGGAGCAGGAACAAGAUCAAGAGGAGCAACGGGAACAACGGGAACAACGAGAACCGCCACAAGCUUUACGAACAGCGAGAUCUUUGGAACGCCGAUGGCAUUUGCUGUUUCUACGAGCUUUGGAAUGGCAGUGUCACAUCGAAACUCUUGUGUCUCGUAUAAGCAGUAAGAACUUGGUGGUUUACCACUGCAGUAGCGACAGCGACGAGGAGCCAGUCACGAAGCAGCCUCGACUCAGCCGUAGACACUCGCGAGGUUCUGGAAGGGAAUCCCCGGGUCAGUCGGCUCGUUCGACGCGUUCGAAACGCCACAGAGCCACGAGAUCGCGAUACUACGAGGAUCCAGCCACUAGCAGAGCGGACCUGUCCGAUACCGACGCGUCUUCCGAGAAUCGAUCGAUCAGCGACGGAUCCUAUUUCGAGGAUGAAUUAUGUCCGGUUUAUGUGAUGGACACAAAGUCCGACGGAGUGGAAAAUCUCCAAGAAGUUAAUCGAAUCGCGAGCACGUUAGGCGAUCAGGGCGAAGAAGCUGACAUCGAGGAAGGUGCGGUAAGCGAAGACGAAGAAUACGACAUGCCACCGACACCUGACACCGUACCGAUGACAAAUUCGACGGCCAUCGAGGAGAGCUGCGACCAGAUCGACGGCCAGCCAGGGAACUCUGAACAAUCGAGCGGCAAUUUAGCCGCUAACGAGCCAGUGAAACGUCGCAGAACGACUGAGGAGGUCGCCUCUUUUAACACGUCCGACAGGAAAUCGAAGAAUUGCGCGACCUUCUACUUCCGCCACUUGGACACCGACUCUGAGCAGAACGAGGAGGCGGCGAUCGUAGCGGAGGACUCGUCGGAGGAAGAGUGGACGUACACGUCAUCGCGGGUGAAUAACGUUACGACGGAGCAACGCAAGACCAACGUUCUGGUGCGUCUGGACUUCGGCGAGGGGCAGAGUCAACCACGAGCUAGCGAGGGAAACGCUAAAACGAGCGAAAUGAAGCCCGUAAAAGAGACUUCCAACAUGGAGGGUGUGAACGAGACUUCAAACGAAACCGACGCAUCUUCUCGCUGCGAGAAAGACAGUGACGACGAAACGAGAAACGACAAGACGAGCAUCCAAAGGCUCAUUAAGGAAGUAGAGAAAUUAGUCGGAGAGGAAAGGCGCAACGGUGCAACGAAGACUUUCCCUCAGCUCAUUCUCGAUGAUAAGGAGGGUAUAACGAAUAAUCAUCGCGCCAAAUACGCGAGGAUCAAGGAAUGGUUGAAACUGAACUCUGUACGAAGCCACGACGGACGAUCCACGUCACAGCGUGAAUUACAGCCGUUGGAUAGCUGCGAUGCCAGUGGCGAGUAUACGACGGAAGAAUCCGAUGGGGAGAGGCAGUCGGUUUCAUCGGAGGAUCUACAGAGUAGCGUUGCGACGUAUCGCAGAUUCGAAGGUGCACUGGGUUGCACGUCUCAAUCGGUGUCGCAAGAGAUAUUCGACGACGCUGAGAAAACGCCGAUCAACGAGGCGCAUCCGAUGCUGGACACGAGUACGCCAAAAGUCGUGAUGCGCUCCAAGCAGAAACACAACGGGCCCAGACCAUGGAGCGUAUCUUGUAUCUCACAGAUCGGGAACAACUCGAAUUUGAACCAAACCAAUGACCCGAUUUCGCAGUUCUCCAUAAGCGAAACUGCGCUCCACCAGUUAAUCGCUACUCCGCCCACUAAAUCCGUAUCCCUCGAUGCAACAGGAUCACGGAAAUCGUUCAACAACUCAACGUCCACGUUAUUGGAGGAGUCGAUCAUUUGCCACGACGGCCGUGUGGUUCGAAACAGUUCGUUGCGCAGGAAAAAGAGCAGGUUGCGCAAGAAGAACCUGGGUCGUAAAAGUGACUCCAGUUCGGAAGGUGUUACCGCGAAUCAUUCGGCGGGAAGCGAUGGCAGCUCGUCGAAUCAACAACGUUCACCGCGUAAAGUAAGCGGAAAUCGCGCGAUGCGCACCAUUUCGAGAGACUGUCACGGUCGUUUGACUACCCUGGUAAAAUCCGGCUCUUUCUCGGGGUGCACCGCUCAUCAGCAACUCUCGGCGGAGAGGACGAUCGUCAGCGACCCGACACCGCCGUUUAGGUUACCUUGCUGUACUUCGGUGGCUUCCACAUCCGAGACCGAGGGUGAGGAACAACGUAACUAUACACGAGGCUGCUUCGCCUACUACGAUACCGUUCCAAGCAACAAGGAGCUGUGCAAUCAGCAACUGAACGUCGAUAGCGACAUCGAAAUGAAUAGCCUCGGAAACAACUCGAUCUCCGAUCAAGCUUGGGAUAAUUAUCAGGAGAAAUAUAUGAGCGAGCCAUACAGUGAAGCGCCAGACGUAGAAACGGCACGAAGAUUAUUGGACUUUGGGGAUGAUUACCGAAACUUCCUUGAUAGUCAAUCCGACUGUGCCUCCAGUAUGAGCGCAAUGCCCGCUAGUUCUCCACUGCCUAGAAGUCGUAUGGAUCAUGAAAUAACCGAUACCACGGAAGACAGCGACAGUGACGUGGAGGAUAUACGGAACGUAAUCGAGAAGUCGCAGUCUCAGUUAUCACUUGCUGAAAGUUUAUUCUCGAGGUCGUGCAACGGCACGAUACCGCAAGAUAACUCCGAAGUGGAAUGUGCGUGUAGCGAAAAUCUGCGGUGUCUGCACGCGUUAUUGGAGUCCGUCAGCAAUUCGUUCCGAAGCGAAAAAUACGUGAAACAAAUUCGUGGUGUAUUGGAAAAGUGGGAGUCCCUGACAGCUAGAAUGGAGGAAACGCAAAUGGCCGGUGCGCUUCAUCGUGAGUUAAUAGCUCUACGUACGGAAUUCAAAGCAGCACACGAUAGACUCUUCUCGUACGAGAUCACUCUGGAGCAACCUCACGUACUGGACGAGCGAAUUAAUCGAAUCACGGCUGAACUGACUGCAUUGAGGGAACGUAAGGCGGCGAUGCUGGCGUUGAACGUCCAGAGUCACAGACUGAUCACCGAUGUUGGUAAUUCUAGCUCGUUGAUCUUCACGGCGCUGAAGGAUGGCGUGGCCGAUUUGUAUCGCGUUUGGGAUGAAAUCUUUCAAAAGGGUAAUCAACAAUUGUGCGCCCUGCAAGCCGUCCAGCAGUUCAGCAUACGUUUGACGGAGCUUCAGUGCGUGUUACGGAGGGAUAAGGAUACCCUGGCAGUUUUGGACGUGGCCCUACAAGCGGGAGCUACUUCAGAGGUUGCUUCGUCUGUUCGUCACGUCGCCAGAUUGCUGUCCGAGAAGCAAGACAUGAAUUGUCAGAACGGGACGGUGCUAAAAGACUCGACCACGGAGGAAGUGGGCAGUGGGGUGUUAGCGAAAUUCGGUGACUCGCCACCGAUCAGUCUGACGCAGGAAGGUGGCUCGUUGUCCGACAGUGGCAUCUCUGACAGCGGCAGCGAGCAAGAGUUGAGCGAACGGGAGCGAAGAUUGGCCGCCCUUCGUCGUCUGACCCGCAGUUUGGAGAGUCAACUGGCGCCUGGAAGCGAGGCCCUCGUCGAACUCCUGCAACGUGUCGAGGACGCGGAAACGGAGCUACGAGAUCUUCAGAAACAGUGUCGCGAAUUAAUCGUACGCACUGCUGCCAGUGUCGAGGCGCGAGCUGCGAAGAGGACGAACGGUCAAGUCCAUCAUUUUAUAGACAAGCGCAAGAAGGCUGGUGUUACGGAGAUGUUGAAGGAAGGUGCGGAGCUAAUCGCGACGAACGCAGUGAAAAGCGGCGCCACGGAUGGUGGAGAUCCUGACAACGAGCCUGGUCUUCCCCACAGUUGGGUCUGGCGCAUCCUCAGAGCAGCUCUGCCAUUCCAGUUGGCCCUGGUCGCCCUCUUCUGCGCCGCCUGUCUCCUCGAGCCGCAUUGCUGCGAGGCGACGAACACGUUGAACUUCUCGCUGACCCCUCAGCUACGCUACGUUAGGGGUCCUCCACCUGUGUGAGCUUCACGACGCCAAUCGUUUGUUGGAAAAGCCUGACGCGGCGUCGUACUCCAUGGAAUCUCCACGGAAGACAUCGUUCGUAUGAGAGAGAUCAGUCGAACCCUCAGUCACCGAGCAUAAUCUGCUCCAUUCUGUUGGUCGUGCGAUGCACGAUAAAAUUAGUAGGUGAAUAGAUUGAUAAAUAAUACUAUGCAUGGCUGGAGAGUUUAGCCAGCAGAAUGAUAGAGAAGCAAGAGCUAUUCUGUUUGUUUCUUCGCAGAAGUUCUCUCCAUCUGUAGAAAUAAACGGUCGACUCGCGGAUGCCAACGUCUCGCUCCAAUAAUGAUACGCGCGAUUUAUUUCGAAAAUUGUAUCAUUAAAGGCGGUUUUGUUCUAACGUGGACAAAAUUAGACUCGCGACGUUUCAUCGCCAGACAACUUUCCAGCCAAGAAUAGUACGAAGAGCGCACGAUUUUCGGCAAAUUCGUAGUAUCGAUUAUCAAUACGUCGUCAAUUAAGUUGGGAACAAUAUAAAAAGUGAGAGUUAUCAUUGUUUUGUCCAGAUUUUUGACGUUCAGUCGUCGUUUCUGAAAUACCGAAGUUUUAUAUUUAUCUCUAAACUUUUUAUAUUUCAACUAUAUUUAUACUAAAAGUACUCUACACAAAUGUGAAAAAAUACAAUAUCGCUUAGCGUUAAUAUUUUUCCACUGAGACUUAAAUACGUAAACUGUAAUUUGUUUUUUUUUUUUCUUGACACGUUCGAUUCUCGAUCUCACUACGAGAAUUCUUCCAACUUUGUUUACUUUACGCUUGCACUGCCAUAAAGAAUUCCGAGUGUUCAGUAAUCGAGUCAAUUUAAAGCACAAAGCUCGAUCUUACGACGAGACUGCAACUUCGUCCACAAGACAAAAAUACUUUUCAUUUGAAUGUGAUGGUUCCCUGUUUUAUUUCACGUACGAUAGAGAGAAGAUCUGCGCUCGUUUGAGAUUGUGAUACGAUAGAAAAUUAAAAAAAAAAAAAAAAGAUAGAAGAAGGUGAAGAACGGUAUAGAUUAAUAAUGUAAAAGUGACUGAGGCGCGACGUAGAGACUAUGAGCACUAGGUCAAAACAGGAAAAAGAAAAAAAAAAAGAAGGACGAAUGAGGAAGAACUUUUUUAUACGUUUUUACAAAAUCAGAUAUUUAACUGUGCGAAUCGAGUAUGAAACGAGAGGUAAGUAUAACUUCGUAUACCUGCUCUAGCCACGUGCGAAAUCGAGAAUGAAUGAGAGGGUCGAGAUCUACGUAGACAAUCUUCGAGCCUUCGAAUAUAACGACGAAUCGAAACCUCGUAGCAUAAUUCUGCAAAUUCUUGAAGAACGAAAGAUUCAACGAAAUAUAGGAACGACGUAGAGGUACAGAUGAAUAACAAAAUAAUUAAAAAAAAAAAAGAAAGAAAUAACAAAGAAAAAAGAUAAGGUUGACAGAUAUUUAUAAAGAGAAUAACUUUAUCUUCAUUUCAGAGAAUUUGCAAGGACAAGUAACGAUAACGAUGAACGAAUGAAUGAAAUCUUUUCUCGCAUAAUAUCGAGUUCGAGGUUUUCGAAACUGAUCGAUGAAUCAGUGGCGCGCUUUUUGUUAUAUAGUAUAAAUAUUUAUUUAUAUAUAUAUAUGUUGCAAAUUAUAUAUAUACAUAUACGUAUUAUUGUUUGUAAUUUAAUGUGAAUCGGGAGAGGAGAUAUUUUAUAGCGUUCUCCGAAUGAUUGGGAGACAAAGGGAACGAUGUUCUAUGCGCGAACGCUGAUGUUCGACGAGUAUGAUGCAUGCGAUGUUAAACGACGGUAGUAUCGUUUGAUUGUUUUCAACGAUUUUGUUUUUGUUUCUGUUUUUUAUGUGGACGAUGGUUGUUUACAGCAGUUGGUAGCAUUGGCCGAUGGUCGACUGCUACCGUAGAGUAGAGAAUGCGGGUGAACUUCUUUUGCUGAAAUUCUGAAUCAGUCGAUCGAAAUAAAUUGACGUUUACAAGACGCAUAAAGAAAAAAAAUAGAAAAAGAACGAAGAUUUCCAUAUCUUCCUCUUUAAAAAAUCUAUGUCGGUAAGUAAACGACCAACGAACGAAAGGAUUCUGGAAAUCAGAAUUUCAGCAGACGAACUUCUCUCGCGUAGAAAUUUUCAGACUCUCUUUUCGACCGCUCCGAUAAAGAAAAAGGAAAAAAGAUAAUGAAAAGAAAGAAAGGGACCAAAGUCGUCUUUGAGUCUUGCGGAGGAAAACGGCGACGCCGAAAAGAGAUCUGAAUUGCAGACACAGGUUUCUGGAAUUUUAAUGAAACUAACAUCUGACUGACGCACACACUCUCACGUGACCCGUCUCCGUGAUAAUUUCAUUAAAAUACCAGCGAUAUCGUGUUUGAAAACCGCAUACGUAGUCACGAGAUCGUGCUACGUGAAGUAAAGUCAUCUUGCUUCUUCGGAGAACAUCUAAUAUCGAAGAAUCGCGAGACGCACUAUUUUCUGAAGUUCCAUCGAACUUCGCGGUUCUGUCCGCAUUUUUUGUCAUCACUUAACCAAUCGAUAUACUUCGUACGAAGGAUCUUGCGAAUAUCGAGGAACAAUAAUUCUCGUGGUGAACGAGUUUGGUAAACAUUUAUCCAAUGACAAGGAUGAAAGAAAAUACGUAACAAAUAAAUAAAUAAAUAAAUAAAUAAAAGGGUAAAUGUUGAUCGAAAACACACCCUCAAGUGAUACGAUUCGCUGAUAUUGCGAUCAUGUGGUUGAAUCGACAGCCGUGUUUGCUGCUCGUGUUGCUUGACGACUGAGAAAAGGUAAAGAAAAGAAAAAAAAUCAUAAAAGACGAUGAUAAAAUAGAUGAUAAAAAUGUUUGAAAAAAUAUAUAUAUAUAUUAGACGAUGAAACUGUUCGUCGUUUGAUCGUAAGAGGACAACGAUUACGAAGACGAUGAUGAUAGAAACGUGUGAAGGUAUAUUAUGGUAUAAUGAAAGUAAAUGGUCUUUGAGUUGGGGAGUGAUUUCAGCGAGAAUUCAAAGGUGAAUAUGAGAAAAGGAACUUUAGGAAUCUGUCUGUUGUUUAUUGGGAACUUUAUUCGUUCUUGCCAUACGAACAACGGAACUAAUUGAAAUCUGACAGUUCUGUCGAUUUACAUUGACAUUUAUUUGUCGAACUAACGAAAUGUUAACAUGGUACAUUAGGGUGCAUUACGAAUGCGUGGGUUUUUAUACACAUAUCCUCAUCGCUUGUAGUUGUCGCAUGAAGGGUCACUUUACUUGUAUCGAGUAGAUCGUUUCGAUAACUUGCAACGGUACUAAUGUUAGGGUGUUUAGUAACGUUUCUUGUAUACGGUGUUUCAUUUUAACUGAAUCAUGUGUUAGCGAUAUAAAAUAUGUCGGAUGAAAAUUAGGAGAUUCUAUAAAAGAAGUUGCAUUACAAGCAGAAAUAAGUUUUAUCUUCCAAAAUAUACUCCUAUAGAUUACAAAAUAUUGAAACACGUCCAAUUAUCGGAAAUUAAAAAUAAAAAUAUUUUUGUUGAAGGAUUCAACUAUAUUUGUUAAUCCUUAAAAGUACAAAUACUUAGACGCAAUAAGACUCAAUUGGAAGACAUGUAUACGAAUACAAUAAAUAUCGGGCAAUACUUGCUUGGAAAUUUUCCACGUUUCGAUUUUCGUUCAAAAACUUAUUCGACGUUGAAAUGCGCAUGGCUCGCUUGAAAUGAAACACCCUGUACGCGAGCUUCUAUAAAACCUUUACCAAAGGUUUUCAUAUUAUAAUCAUUGAUACAUGCUGAAUAUUAAACGCUGUGAUUAUCCACAUGGUUUUCCAAGCGAACUGAUCUUCGAUAGGGAGUAAUAAGAUUACAGUUCCGUCACGCAACCUUUAAUUCGAUCAAUUUAUUUCAGCACGAUCGCUCGAAAACUUGCGUGACACGGAGUAAUAGAUAGCGAAAAUAAAAGCAUCUAAAACAAAAAAAAAAGUUUCGAAUUUUAUUUUUGUACAUCGUAGGGAUAAUUAUUAUUUGAUAAUAUGGAUGGAAAAUAUUUCGUCACAGUUUUCUACGCGGUAAAAUAUAGAGGACAGUUUUGUAGGACACAAAUUUACAGUAACGAACGUUCACGACGUUUCGUUCAAUCGACUGAAUCUUUUCGAGCUCAAACAUUUUUUGCAUUUUAUCUUUCGUGCUACAUUUUUCAUUUGCACAAGCACAGUUCUACAUUUCGUACGAUACUUUGGCCAAUUUACGCGAAACGCGAUCUUACAUAUUUUAGAUUGAUCAAAAUUGGUAGAUGAAACAAAAUGAAAAUAAAGGAGUAGAAUUAAUGUAAAUAGCGCGCCUGUAAAAAGAAUCGAUCGCACUUUAAGAUCAAACGAUAUUUUUUGUAUUAAAAAAUUUUUAAAAAAGAAAACAUACACGUAUAACUAUUGAUUUUUCGUAGAGGCGAACGAAAAUUAAAGUGGUAUAUUUUGUGAAAUAUUUUGUGAGGGGAAAGGGGUCCGUAGGCGAUAGGAUGUUUCAAUUUCAGCUUCGUUAGAGCGUAAUGCGAUUAAUAUCGUGCUUCGACGUGAAUCGUUAGGAUCGCCCAAUUUUCCAACGAGUGGGGCAACAAAAAAUCAAAUAUAAUCAACUAUAAUCAAACAUAAUCAAUAUACGUAAAGAAUAUGUAUAAAUUUGUAUACGUCAAAGUAAAACGCGUUACUCGUUGGAAAUUAGAGCGAUCGUAUUAGAGCUUCUUUUACAGAACAGAUCGAACUUAUCGUUAAGAGGAUGAUUAGAUCGAUUUGAUAGGUUUGAACAGUUUGUGCACGAUGCUUACCGUGUAAGCGUGCAUGCGUGUAAAAGAGAUUGAACGAAUGUGUUCGCAUCCAACGGUAGAUGGAUGAUACACUUCUGUCGAGACGCUAACUUUUCGUGCAGGACCAGUCGUUAUCGCGAAAGAAACGUGCGAAACGAAAGAUAACAAGGGUCCCCGAGAAAGAAGAAGUUUGCAAAAUGUCUCGCAGACUUAUAUUUUUUCACUGCACAUAGCAGACUAAGAUUAUGACGUCUUUGAGCGUUAUCCAGCGUGAUUGAGUUUGAGCACUGUUUGUGCGUUGUGUUUGUGUCAGAGAGUGUGACACAGGAGAAUAGAGUUUGGAAUCAGGCGGAUCAAGCAUUGAUCGAAGUAAAACUGUAUAUUCAUAAGCAUGCUACGUUAUAAUAAGAUAAAGGAACGUGAGAGAUAACUUAGUAAGAUACAGAACAGAAAAGAGGAAAAAAGAAAAUAAAUGAGCGAGAAGAGAAAAAAGGGGAAAAGGUAACAGUAACCGAUGGAUCGAUGUAUAAUUCUUCCAAUGUUUCAAAGAAUAUACCAUUGACGAUCCAAAGUUUGAAAUGCUGUACUUACGUGUUCACGACGGCGACGACAAAUGGUGACAUCAUACGUGUACACACACACACACACACACAUAUACACACGCAUGCAAUUAUUAUCCAUACACAGGGCACAGAGCUUAAAAAGAGCCUCUUGUAUUCUCUGAAUACUUGAUUUUUUAUUAAACAGAUUGUCCUAUGGGAUCGAGUAGAACUUUUCAUUGAGAUCUGCAAGAUGACGACACCCUCAGGGGUCGUUCGAUGUCGAAGAGAAAAGCUUAACGCGAGGGCAGAGCGAUUUUCACCCAACGAGAUGUAAUUCGUCAUAAUUUUUGAGAAUUAAUUGCUUUAGAAAAUUGUAAGCAUCAUUGCUCCUGCUAUACUUUGACUCUAUCCUUCGUUAAACAUUCCCUUCGUUAAAAAUAUACGCAAAAAGUUACGAUAGAGGAAAAUUUAUCGUUCGAGUUGGUAAUAUAAUAUAAAGUAUUGCUUAAAAGAAUUUCGUCAACUUUCAAAUUUAUUUACAAGUUUCUGUUUCAUGAUUCAGCCAUCCGAGGAUGAAAAUUGCUCUGUUAACGCAAUAAUAAUGCUAGAGCGUUAUCCUGCACCCUAGGGAAACUGUCUUAGACUGUACUACUUAAAGAAACAACGAUUCUUCUGAUCGAACAAUUUAAUUCGAUCCUUUAAACAGUACAUUAGGAGACAAGUUCCACGGUUACAAGUCCUUGGUCAUCGAAUUCGUGUUUUACGUUCAACAUCGACGUCGUCUGAAAGCACGUCGAUGGCGGAAACUUUUGAACGGAAAACCUGAAGUCGACGAACACGAGGUCUGCCUCACCUGCCUACUCUACCUAUCACAACGUGUAUAAAGUACCUGAGAAAUCAAAAUAUUACUUAUAUAUAAAUAUAUAGGAUUAACGAGAAGCAUCUUGUUUUUCCUCCGUUUCAUUCGUAUCAUCACCGCAUCAGGCGAGCGUCUGCUCGCAAAGUGAAAAAAUAAAAGGAAAAGAAUUGAUGGAAAAAACGAAUCGUGUCGUGCUUUGUACAGCUUUGAUUUGUCGCGAAAAUGUAUUCACCUUUGCGUUGCUGUAGCGGCUACUUAGAUUAUACAUUGCAUGCGGUUUUACUUUUAAACGAAAAUUAUGAUAUAGGGCAACGCUCGAACGUGUUGCUGUAUAUUGGGGAAAAAUCUAAAAAAAAAAAAAAAAAAAAA